CAUUAGCAGCCGCCCACAACCGCCUUAACCCUCACGCAACUGCCUCCUUAGCGGCGGCGCGAAACACCGACGACGCGGCUUCUCUCUGAUUUGCGAGCGCGGUCGGAGGAGCUAGGGUUUUCGGCGCGGCGAGAUGUCGGCGUACGACGAGGUGGAGAUCGAGGACAUGGAGUGGAACGCGGAGCUGAAGGCGUACACGUACCCGUGCCCCUGCGGCGACCUGUUCCAGAUCACGCUCGACGACCUCCGCCUCGGGGAGGAGAUUGCGCGCUGCCCCUCGUGCUCCCUCUUCCUCACCGUCGUAUACAACGCCGAGGACUUCGCCGACGCCAAGGAGCCGACGACCCAGAAGCCGUCCCCGAGCCCAGUCGCCGUCGCCUGAUGUGGCCCGUGCACGGCGAGAUGGAUGCAUGGAAUGGAUCUCAGAGCAGGAAAAGGAAUGAGUUCAACACACCACUACGGGAGCAUUUGUACUAUACUACUUAGAUGAGUGAACCCGCUGCAUAUUUUCAAAGCUCAGGUUGUUAAACUUUUUUUUUUGUGGGUGACAUUGUUGUAAGGUGACAUGGACAACUCAUGCUAUGAAAAAUUUUGUUCGUCACUAUUUAUCGUUGAUCGUGGCCUUACCAAGUUUGAAACACGAUCAAUCUUCGGUGAUAUAUUCAUUUAUGUUCCA